AUGACCAUGGUCUCAGAUGAUCCCGCUUGGUGGCUGACCAUCAAUGCAAAUCGUUCUCUUAGCUAUUAUAUCGUUGCCGUCUUAGUUGGAGUGACAUAUGAUUGGGCACUUACAUUUGGACAAGAGGUGGAGCUGAUCUGGGUGCGCUACCUUGGAAUCUUAUCUGCUGCAUAUGUUCGAAAGGCUACACAAUUGGUGCUUACAUUCAUUGUCUUUGCUUCUUCUGACCAAUGGCAUUCAAUACAAUGCUCAAUUUCAUACAACGUGUGGAAUUGGAUAGUUGAUGUGGCAUAUGUAAUGCUGUGGGUCAUCAUGGUCACUCGGUUGCAUGCCAUGUAUCAGCGAUCCAGAAAAAUCCUGAUAUUCCUCAUUGUCACCUUCCUGGCUGUCAGCAUUCUUAACGGUGUGACUACCGUAAUGAUGACGAUGCAGAUUUCAGGGGGCGAGCUUAAUUGUGGAUGA